AUGAUAAAUUUUUACAGAGAACACAUACCUAAAGCCGCUGAAAUCCAAGCACUACUUCACGCCUACCUUCACAACACGAAGAAAAAAGAUAAAACGUCAAUCGAAUGGAACGAUGAAGCCACGAAGGCAUUUGAAGCUUGUAAAGUUGCGAUCCAAAAUGCAGCAUUACUCGCUCACCCAUCACAUGAAGCAACCCUUGCUAUCUUCAGCGACGCAUCCGACCUCUCAGCCGGAGCCGUUCUCCAACAACACAGCAAUGGGAAAUGGCAACCACUUGGCUAUUUUUCGAAGAAGUUCUCCGAUACUCAACGUAACUACAGUACAUUCGACCGAGAGCUACUCGCUAUUUACAUGGCUAUCAAGCACUUCAGAAAAACGUUCGAGGGUCGAAACCUGAUCGUUUUUACCGACCACAAGCCAUUAAUAUAUGUACUUCCAAAGAAACCAUUACUAUCGGAAACACCACGAAGAGCAAGACAACUUAUUUUCAUAAGUGAAUUCACGACCGACAUACGUCACGUCACAGUGGAAAGGACAACAUAG